UUGCUCCUGUCAGCGAGGAAACGUCAAAUCGGAUGUAAACAAACGUGGUCAAAACAAUCCAGCGUUGCCGGCUCAGAUUUUUCAUUUCGCUAUGCGAUUUUGCUAAGAAAAAUGGUGUUUAUACAAAAUUAUCUGCUAAAAUCGGUUAAUAAGCCCAUCCGUAGCUAUCUCCGAAGCCGCUUUCUCGACACACUACGGUUAACAACAAAAGGUGGCCACGGUGGGAAUGGUCUACCCAAGUACGGUGGGGUCGGUGGCCAAGGUGGUGCCGUUUAUUUUGUCGCCAAAGAAGGAAAAUCGCUUCGUGACGUAGUGAAAAAAUAUCCAGCCAAACGUGUCGUCGCUGGAAACGGGGAGGAAAGCUCGAAGGCGCGCAUUCUCGGUCGCAGAGGGCUGGAUCAAAAAGUGGAAGUGCCCGUAGGUAUACGGGUUUUGGAUCAAGAGACGGGAAUCAUUUCCGAGCUAGAUGAAGAGGGCAAAUCGUACCUGGCUGCUGGUGGUGGCAGUGGUGGUUGUGCUGGCAAUUCAUUUCUCGGCAAACCGGGCCAGCUACGUACCGUUACGCUCGAUCUGAAACUGAUUGCAGACGUUGGACUGGUGGGUUUCCCGAAUGCGGGCAAAAGCACACUCGUGAAGGCGAUCUCGAACGCUUCCCCAAAGAUUGCUUCUUAUCCAUUCACCACAAUUCGACCCCAGAUUGCCACGAUAGAGUACGAAGACUACCGGCAAAUAACGAUAGCCGAUCUGCCGGGGUUGAUAGAGGGAGCGCAUGCAAACUUCGGAAUGGGACACAAGUUCCUCAAGCACGUCGAACGUACCAGACUGUUGCUCAUCAUCGUGGACGUGUUUGGGUUUCAGCUUAGUCAACAGCACCGCAAACGAAACUGUCUCGAGACGAUAUACGCUCUAAACAAGGAGCUGGAGCUAUACGACAAAGCGCUGCUCGAUAAACCGUGCGCUCUCAUAAUCAACAAAAUGGACAAAGAAGGCGCGGUGGAAGAAAUAUGUAAAUACGAACAAUACUUCCACUCGCUAGAAGAGGGUCUAAAACUUUGCCCCGAAGAGUUAACACCCACCAAGCUGCUCUCGAUAGACACCGUCAUACCGAUUUCCGCCAAAAGUAUGAAGGAAAUCGAAAAGGUAAAGCAAGAAGUGCGAACCAUACUCGACCUCAAGGCCGAAGAAAUGCUGCAGGAAGAAUCGACGGAUAGAAACGAGCAGCUCCAGCAAAAGCUAAGCGAACGAGGUCCUAAAGUUGUAUAAAGUGAACGGCAUUCAGAGUAUGAAUAUAUUUCUAGCUGUUUUAUAGACAGUCGAAUAGCGAAAGGA